UCCCCUUUGAUGGAGGGGAAUUUGGAGGCGUCUGGCAGUUCUAGAGUGGGGGGGCAGGGAAUUUAUCGCCCCUGCUCCCCUCCAGCUCCCAAAGAUGAUCCAAGGGUGGCAGAGCUUCCCGGAGAGAAGGUGCAAACCAAACUAGCCAUAUAACAAUAAAAACUCACUCGAGGAAGAAGAGGCCAAAGCGAAAGAGGAAGAAAACAUCUCCAAAUUGGCCAACUCUGCCUCAGAGACAUGCUGCGCAAAGAAAUGCUACUGGAAAGGAGCUGUCCACGGAUCCUGGUGCUGAAGCAAAAUGGCUGGCUGCUAGACUCGGAUGAGCCGCCCCGAGCAGCAAUUCAGAGAAUAUGCAAUUUCCCAGCAGAAGCAACACAGAUCGUUCCUUUCUCACGUUACUCCCCCACUGAAACGAGACUCCAUCCAGCCCGUUGUGCAAGAAGGCCGAACCUGAGCGAGAGAGAGAAAGAGGGAGAGAGAGAAAUUGCCAUGUCUUUGCUGUGUGUUCGAGUGAAAAAAGCCAAGUUUGAUGGCCCCCAAGAAAAGUUCAACACCUACGUGACCCUCAAAGUGCAGAAUGUGAAGAGUACGACAAUCGCAGUACGAGGAAACCUUCCGUGCUGGGAGCAAGACUUCAUGUUUGAGAUCAACAGGCUGGACCUUGGGCUGACAGUAGAAGUGUGGAACAAAGGUCUUAUCUGGGACACCAUGGUGGGCACCGUGUGGAUCCCCCUAAGCACCAUCCGGCAAUCCAAUGAGGAUGGGCCUGGGGAAUGGCUAACCCUCGACUCCCAUGUCAUUAUGACCGACAAUGAAAUCUCUGGCACCAAGGACCCCACCUUCCACCGCAUCCUUUUGGACACCCGCUUUGAGCUCCCCCUCGAUAUUCCUGAAGAAGAGGCACGCUACUGGGUCAAAGAGCUCGAGCGCCUUAAUGCCAUGCGAGACCAAGACGAUAAACAGCCACUUCCAGUACCCAGCUCACAAUGUUGCAACUGGAAUUAUUUUGGCUGGGGCGAUCAACAAAAUGAUGACCUGGACAGCACUGUGGAUGACCGUGACAGCGACUACCGCAGCGAGACCAGCAACAGUAUUCCACCUCCGUACUACACCACCUCCCAGCCCAAUGCCUCGGUGCACCAGUACCCGCUGCGACACCAGCACCGACUCUCCCGGGACUCCUACACGGACUCCAUGCAGAGCUAUGAAAUGGACUACUCGGACCACCAGCCCAUCAGCCCCACAGGAAGCAGCCGAUACGCCUCAUCGGCAGAACUGAGCCAAGGGAGUUCCCAGCUGAGUGACGAUUUUGAUCCCGACGACAUCAGCUUGGACGAGCGGGACGGAGACUCCUAUCAUUCCUGCCACAGCUCGGUGAGUUACCAUAAGGACUCCCCACGCUGGGACGAAGAAGAGGAAGAUGAUGAUCUCUACCUGGAAGAGGAUGAGUUCAACGAAGAGUACAGUGGGAACGAGGAGUACUACCCCGAAGACGAGGUGCCGGAAUCCGAAUUCGAGGCAUAUCCCCGCGAGGCGUACCAGCAACAACAAGCCCAGCAGACUCCAGCCCCUCAGUUUGCCCUCUCUCAGCAGAAAACCCCACCGGCGCAGCCACAGAAACCACAACAAGUGCCCCCACCACAGCCUCAGAAGCCUCCGCAGGCCCCGCCACAACAGGCCCCGCAAAAGCCGCAAGCGCAGCAAAAGGUGCCACAGGUUCUGCAGCACGCUCAGCCCAAGCUGCAGCAGGAGCCGCAGACCUCGGCGAAGCCGCAGCUGCAGCCGCCUCCGCCGGAGCCAAAACAGGAGUUGCUGGAGGAAAGCCCCGUAGCCCAGCUGGAGGAGAAAGCCCCCGAAGGGCUCCCAGAGGAGAAAGCCCCGGAGGAAGAGUCCCGGCCGGCCGAGGAGAAAGGGGAGAGAGAGGCGACGGAAGUGGUUGACCCCAAAGCACGGGCAAAGGCCAACUGGUUACGUGCAUUCAACAAGGUCUGCAUGCAACUCCAAGAGGCUCGGGGUGAUGGUGAUGGAGAAUCCAAAUCUCUGUGGUUUAAAGGCGGGCCUGGUGGCGGGUUGAUCAUAAUUGAUAGCAUGCCCGAUAUUCGCAAAAGGAAACCCAUCCCCCUAGUUAGCGAUUUGGCUAUGUCUUUGGUCCAGUCCAGGAAAGCUGGUAUUACGUCUGCGCUUGCAUCAAGCACUUUAAACAACGAAGAGCUAAAAAACCAUGUUUACAAGAAGACCCUCCAAGCCUUAAUCUACCCCAUUUCUUGCACAACACCCCACAACUUUGAGGUGUGGACAGCCACCACACCCACCUACUGCUACGAGUGUGAAGGCCUGCUGUGGGGCAUUGCGCGCCAAGGAAUGCGAUGCACCGAGUGUGGUGUGAAGUGCCACGAGAAGUGCCAAGACCUCCUCAACGCCGACUGCCUGCAAAGAGCUGCAGAGAAGAGCUCCAAGCACGGAGCUGAAGACCGUACGCAGAAUAUCAUCAUGGUGCUGAAAGACCGCAUGAAGAUCCGGGAGCGUAAUAAACCUGAGAUCUUUGAGCUAAUCCAGGAGAUUUUUGCUGUCUCCAAGACAACUCACACGCAGCAAAUGAAGGCAGUAAAGCAGAGCGUCCUGGACGGCACCUCAAAAUGGUCAGCCAAGAUCAGCAUCACAGUUGUUUGUGCGCAAGGCUUGCAGGCAAAGGACAAAACAGGUUCCAGCGACCCUUAUGUUACCGUCCAGGUUGGGAAGACCAAAAAGAGAACGAAAACUAUCUAUGGCAACCUGAACCCAGUCUGGGAGGAAAACUUCCACUUCGAAUGCCAUAAUUCCUCCGAUCGGAUCAAGGUUCGAGUAUGGGAUGAAGAUGAUGACAUCAAGUCCCGGGUGAAGCAGCGCUUUAAGAGAGAAUCCGAUGAUUUCCUGGGACAGACCAUCAUCGAAGUCCGGACGCUGAGUGGAGAGAUGGAUGUCUGGUACAACCUUGACAAGCGGACAGACAAGUCAGCCGUCUCUGGAGCUAUCCGGCUGCACAUCAGUGUGGAGAUCAAAGGAGAGGAGAAAGUUGCACCGUAUCAUGUCCAGUACACCUGCCUCCAUGAGAACCUUUUCCAUUUUGUGACGGACAUCCAAAACAACGGCGUGGUAAAAAUCCCAGAUGCUAAAGGUGAUGAUGCUUGGAAAGUGUAUUUUGAUGAAACGGCCCAGGAGAUUGUGGAUGAGUUUGCCAUGAGAUACGGAGUGGAGUCCAUCUAUCAGGCUAUGACGCAUUUUGCGUGCCUUUCCUCCAAGUAUAUGUGUCCUGGUGUCCCUGCAGUCAUGAGCACCUUGCUAGCUAACAUCAAUGCUUACUACGCCCACACCACGGCUUCCACCAACGUCUCUGCCUCCGACCGCUUUGCUGCUUCCAAUUUCGGGAAAGAACGGUUUGUCAAACUGCUGGACCAGCUUCACAAUUCUCUACGUAUCGAUCUCUCCAUGUACCGGAAUAACUUCCCAGCCAGUAGUCCUGAAAGACUGCAGGACCUCAAGUCCACGGUGGACCUUCUGACCAGCAUCACCUUCUUCCGGAUGAAGGUCCAAGAGCUCCAAAGUCCCCCACGAGCCAGUCAGGUUGUAAAGGAUUGUGUGAAGGCCUGCCUCAACUCGACCUACGAGUACAUUUUUAACAACUGCCAUGAACUCUAUAGCCGUGAAUACCAGACUGACCCGACCAAAAAGGGGGAGCUGCCACCAGAAGAACAAGGACCCAGUAUCAAGAAUCUAGAUUUUUGGUCCAAGUUAAUCACUUUGAUUGUGUCGAUCAUAGAGGAAGACAAGAAUUCAUACACACCGUGCCUCAACCAGUUCCCUCAAGAGCUGAAUGUGGGAAAGAUCAGUGCUGAAGUGAUGUGGAAUCUUUUUGCUCAGGAUAUGAAGUAUGCAAUGGAAGACCACGACAAGCAUCGGCUGUGCAAGAGUGCCGACUACAUGAACCUGCACUUUAAGGUGAAAUGGCUGUAUAAUGAAUACGUCACGGACCUCCCUUUGUUCAAGAGCCGCGUCCCCGAAUACCCCGCAUGGUUCGAACCUUUUGUUAUACAGUGGCUGGACGAGAAUGAGGAAGUUUCACGGGAUUUCCUACAUGGAGCACUGGAAAGGGACAAGAAGGAUGGGUUCCAGCAGACCUCUGAGCAUGCCCUUUUCUCCUGCUCGGUGGUGGACGUCUUCUCCCAGCUCAACCAGAGCUUUGAGAUCAUCAAGAAGCUGGAAUGCCCCGACCCACAGAUUGUUGGCCACUACAUGCGCCGGUUUGCCAAGACCAUCAGCAACGUUCUGCUACAAUAUGCGGAGAUCAUUUCGAAGGACUUUGCCUCCUACUGCUCCAAGGAGAAGGAAAAAGUGCCCUGCAUCCUGAUGAAUAACAUACAGCAGCUUCGUGUCCAGCUGGAGAAGAUGUUUGAAGCCAUGGGUGGCAAAGAGCUGGACUCCGAGGCCAGUGACAUCCUCAAGGAACUUCAAGUGAAGCUUAACAACGUCUUAGAUGAGCUGAGCCGAGUGUUCGCAACAAGUUUUCAGCCACACAUCGAGGACUGUGUGAAGCAGAUGGGUGAUAUCCUGACCCAGGUGAAAGGCACGGGCAACAUGCCUGCCAGCGCCUGCAGCAGUGUGGCCCAAGAUGCUGACAACGUCCUGCAGCCCAUCAUGGACCUUCUGGAUAGCAACCUGACACUGUUUGCUAAAAUCUGUGAGAAGACCGUCCUGAAGCGAGUGCUGAAGGAGCUAUGGAGGCUGAUCAUGAACACCAUGGAGAAGACCAUUGUGCUCCCGCCACUCACGGACCAGACGAUGAUUGGCACUCUCUUAAGAAAGCAUGGGAAGAGCAGCGAGAAGAGUAGGGUGAAGAUGCCCAGUCACACUGAAGGCACGCAGAUGAUUUUCAAUGCAGCCAAGGAAUUGGGGCAGCUUUCGAAACUAAAGGACCACAUGGUGCGCGAGGAGGCCAAAAGCCUGACGCCCAAACAAUGCGCUGUAGUGGAACUUGCCCUGGACACCAUCAAGCAAUACUUCCACGCGGGAGGCGUGGGUCUCAAGAAAACCUUCCUGGAGAAAAGCCCAGACUUGCAAUCUUUGCGCUAUGCAUUGUCGCUCUACACACAGGCAACAGACCUGCUGAUCAAAACUUUUGUUCAGACACAGUCCUCCCAGGGAUCUGGAGUGGAUGACCCUGUGGGAGAAGUCUCGAUUCACGUGGAACUCUUCACCCACCCGGGCACAGGAGAGCACAAAGUCACCGUCAAAGUGGUGGCUGCCAAUGACCUGAAGUGGCAAACUUCGGGCAUCUUCCGCCCCUUCAUCGAAGUCAACAUUAUCGGGCCACACCUCAGCGACAAAAAGAGGAAGUUUGCCACCAAAUCCAAGAACAAUAGCUGGUCACCCAAAUACAACGAAAGUAUCCAGUUUACUCUUGGCACGGAAACUGGGCCCGAGUGUUAUGAGCUGCAGGUGUGUGUGAAGGACUACUGUUUUGCCCGAGAGGACCGUACUGUGGGCAUCGCCAUCCUGCAGCUGAAGGACAUCAUGCAGCGGGGCAGCUGUGCCUGCUGGCUGCCCCUGGGCCGGCGGGUCCACAUGGAUGACACAGGCCUCACGGUGUUGCGCAUCCUCUCACAGCGGAAUAACGACGAGGUGGCCAAGGAGUUUGUCAAACUGAAGUCGGACACACGAUCCGCGGAGGAGGGCAGCAGCAGCUAAGGCCCUCUGGCUGUCAUGACCUGCUAGGAUUUCCCUCCCUCACUGUCCUUGUCCCUUCCCCCUUUUCUAUAGCCAUGUCGAAGCCAUAGAACUUUCAGAUGUGUCCUUUCUUCUCCCCAUCUCCAUGACCCCCUCGAAAGCUUUGUUCCCACUGCCAAGCAUCACCCUCACGUCCCUCCAAACACAUACACUUUGCCAAACCCCCCUCACAGAGGUCACGGUGGGGCAGAUGGGUCAGGGGAAAGGAUAUGCUUCUAGAAUGGGGGCCAGAGGUACUCCCAGAGGAGGUUCCAGCUAGACACCCUGCCAACACCUGUUUCCUGGGCGCAAUUCUGUUGGAAGCAGAUCAGAAACAGCCUGACGUUAUUCCAGAUAAUAAGUUUUGUAGCCAGUUCCCAUUGGCAGCAGCUCUGAGCUGCAAACACCGGGGAAUGCAGCUAGAUUGCACUCCAGUCCUUGCCCAGUCCAAACAGGACUUAGACCCCCAAUCUAUGGGGCUGGAAAAGAAGCAGACCUCUGCACCCCCUUUCUGUUGCAUUGAUUCCUAGGGAUUGCAAUUUGCUAGCAGUGCUUGAUUAGAGUAAGGCAAACUCUCUGGGAGGGGAAAUAACCUGUUAGUCCAUUUAGAUCUGUGAUAAAGAUCUUCCCCCAUCCCUUCCAUGUUUGCCUCCAACUCUGUCAACCCAGUCUUGGAAUGUUUUUGAGUACCUUGCUCUGCAUCCUUUUCCAAAUGGAAUUUUUCCCCUUUCUGCUCUUUCUCAUCUCCCUAAAGUCCAUGCCCUUUUGAAAAAAAAAACCCCAUCCAAAUAUAUAUUUCCAUACAAUCUGCCUGGGACCAAAGCGUCAGAAUUUGGGUUGAAUGUUUACACACAGGUGCACAAUCCACCAAACUUUUAUAAACUGCAUUGACUGGAAAAUUAGAAGAAAAGGAAAGGGGAGGGGGCGAUCUUAGAGAUUCCGGUGCUUCCAGACAGAGGAUUCCUCGUGCUACCAUUCGUAUUACCCUCUUGACCACUGUCAAAUUCCGUGAAUGUGACAGGGAGACGGCACAAUCAAAGCCCCGGCUGGAAGCAUCCCAAAGUUCCAUCCCUAUCCGUGUUUCCCGACCCACUUUUGCACAAAUAGACCUCAUGCCAUUCCUAUCUGUGGGGUGAGAUGGGAAGAAACCCCAUUGAUGGCAGUGCCCUGUCAUAGGAGAACCCCUCUGUGAACCGGUUCUCUUAGUACUUUCUGUUUGGCAUGUGGUUGAAACAACAAAAUAAUAAUUAUCAUAACCCUUACUUGUGCAGCACACAUAUUGGGUUGUUUUCAUGUUGUCUGUUCCAUACCCAAAGUGAAUUGAACAAUGGUUAAACAAACAAUGGAUGCAUGAUAUUGAAAUGUUUUGCACUAUUUUGAACUUUUGGGGCUCUAUACAAAUAUUUUAUUAAGACAUUAAAAAGGAAAAUGAGGUU